AGCCUGAGACUACCAACCGCCAAUAGGAUAUUAGGAAGGAGAAGAGAGAGAGAGGGAGGGGGAGAGAGAGAGAGAGAGAGAAGGAGGGGGAGAUCAGAAUUGAUUGAUGGGGAUAUACGAGGUGGUGAUGGAGGAGAUAACGGUGUACACGGGGCUAUCACCGGCGGCGUUUUUCACAAUCGCUGGGAUGAUGGUCGUCGUUUACAGAUAUGUUACCGGAAUGUUUGUGGCUCCCGAAGAUUACAACAAGCCUCCGGUGGUGAGUAGUGCUAAUUCGGAAUUGGCGAACAAGUAUUUCAAUCCCACGACCGCCACGACACCAAGCUCAAUCCAAGUCGGGGAUAUGACGGAGCAAGAGCUUAGAGGAUAUGAUGGGUCUGACCCCAAUAAGCCCCUUCUCAUGGCCAUCAAAGCUCAGAUCUACGACGUCUCCUCCUCCAGGAACUUCUAUGGUCCUGGUGGACCGUAUGCAAUGUUUGCUGGAAGGGAUGCUAGCAGAGCCUUGGCUCUUCUGUCUUUCAAACCCCAAGACAUAAACGGAAACAUCGAUGGUCUCGGUCCCGACGAGCUUCAGAUUUUACAGGACUGGGAAGAUAAAUUCGUUGAAAAAUAUCUCAAGGUUGGACGGCUGCUUAACCGUGAUCCUGUGCCACAACCAACACAAGAGACUAGACAAACUUGAGAUCAAAUUCUGACUCGACUUGCAAAGACUUGUUGAUGGCAUCUCAUCUGGACCAUGAUAUGAAAUAUAACUCGCUAUUCUUUGUGCAUGUUUCAAUUUUGUGUCUUUUCUCCUUGCUGCUGCUUGUCAACAUACAUACAGCUUGUCUUGAAUCACCAGAGUCCGCUCAUAUUAUGUACCAAUUGUAGUUGCAGACUCAAAACUAGUAUUCCACUUAUUGUCUUCAA